UUCAACAAGUGGUUUUGGAUAGUGGUCGUGUUGAACAUUAUUUUUAUACUGAUUACGUAGUUUUGUGAUAUAAAAAAUGUAUAUUUACGAGUUACCGUUUGAGAUAAACAAGGAGUUGUGUCGUUUGCUCGACUCAGAAAACUAUUGGAAGGAAUUGGCUGGAAACUGGAUGAAAUAUACUGCCUUUGACGUAAACGACAUAGAACAAACAUCAAUACGCUUGGGAGUAUCACCAACAAAUCAUUUGCUGUCACGAUGGGGCCAGCUGAACCAUAGAGUAGAUGAACUUUUUAUUUUGCUAUAUAAAAUGAAGCACAUGCCAGCGCUGAACUGCCUGAAGCCUGUAGUCAAUACCGACUUCCAUAAAUUGUUAAAUAAACACAGACAUUUGAGCAGUUCUAGGGAUAAGAAAACUGCUCUUGUUACUGAGCAUACAAACAAGAAGAAUUCAAUAAGGACUGAUGGAUCCAUACCGCUGCCUGUUAUGUUAAUAGAAAAUGGUGAACAACUGCCGACGACGAGUCGAGUACAAAAUGGCUACUCUCCCUCGCCUAAUUAUGAUACAACUUCAGAUAUUAGUAAGACAUCAUCAACACAAGGCGACAAGCUGAACGAAGACAAUGAGUUCCUGAAGAAUGUAUCAGCUAUUCCGAAGAUGAGCUACGAAGAGUUGAAGGAAGCCACCAACAACUGGUCUGAAAGCAACCUCCUGGGACGGGGAGGGUUCGGGCAGGUUUUCAAAGGUGAAUGGAAGCACUUGCCGGUGGCGGUGAAGCGUCUCCUCGACAACAACGACCACAACAAGGAGCUGAUCAGGGAGAUGUGUCUCAACCAGUACAGGCACGACAAUAUACUGCCGCUCUAUGGAUACUCGCUUGGAGGUCCAGAAGCUUGCCUAGUCUACCAGCUAAUGGGUGGAGGCUCGUUAGAACAGCGACUUAGGAUGAAGACACAUCACCCACCGCUCACCUGGUCACAACGAUACAACAUCGCACAUGGCAUUGCUAGAGGUCUUCAAUUCCUACACACAAUGGCGGGUACCCCCCUUAUUCACGGCGAUAUCAAACCGGCAAACAUACUCCUAGACACAUGUCUCAUGCCGAAGAUAGGAGACUUCGGGCUCGCUAGAAAAGGACCCUACGGAGACGAUAGGACACAUGUUAAAGUUUCCAAGGUAUUCGGCACAAAGCCCUACCUUCCGGACGAGUACCUUCGCGACCGUUCCCUAUCUCCGGCAGUAGACGUGUUCAGCUACGGAGUAGUUGUGGUGGAGAUGGCCACCGCCCUCCCAGCCAAUGACAAAACUAGGCCUGAACAGUUCCUCAGCAUGUACAUACAUCAGCUGUAUAACCGGGGACUUGAUAUGUCUACAUUAGAAGAUCCGGUGCUACUUGGAACCAACCAGUCGAACCCAGGGAUGUGUCUAGCAUUCAUCGCCAUUGGACUACACUGUACCAAGUACGCGAGGCAUCAAAGGCCUACAAUGUUAGAAGUUUAUAAAAAACUAAAUGAUAUGAAAGGACCAAGUAUUUGCACUUGAUAAAUAUUAUUGCAAAGCCUUUUAAUAGGCUGGAAGAAUAACUACACUUUCGUGUGUAAUUUUCGUUUUUCAAAGUCAAAUAAUUUAUUUCGGUUGGCAGGCACUAUUGAACAUGUCCAAUUCGUUCCAAAUUACCAAACUCCAUUGUAGUAAGGUUAAAAAUAAAUUGUUUACGCAAAUAUACAGAUAUUUGGCUAAUUCGGCAGGUAGUGUAAAAAAUAUUAUCUGCCGCACUCAAAAACAUUUAAUGAUUACUUAAACUAUUCCUUAGUCACGAUUUUGUAUCGACAUCAAUUGCUAAGGACUGGUUUAAGUAACCAUUAAAUGAAUCUUGAGUACGGAGGUUAGACUUGUAACAGUGACAGCUGUCAAAUAUUGUUUUGACGUCUGUAGUAGUGAUUUUGACAGCUGUCACUUUUGACUUAAAAUUGUUGUACAUAAUAAAUAAUAUGUAUGUAAAUAUUUUUAUAGAUCAGUAAAUAAAUAAAGUACUUACAUAAAAUAUGUGUUACCUAAGGUACCUAAGUAUAUGGCAACAAUGAAACAGUUCUGAAAUUUAUUUUUUUACUCAAUGGAUGUGUAAUAGCAGUAAUAUCCAUUACUGCUUAUCCUAGAAAAGUAGUAAAUUACUUACUAUUUAGUGCCUGUAUACUAAAGCAUUUAUGUUUUGUAAUCGUUACAAAGCUAUAGCUAUGUAUUUUACAUAGAGUUAUCCACCCUGGUAGCCGUUUAGUCAAAAUGUAGAUUUACUUUAAUAUUUAUCGCCGUACUUGGAGUCAUUUAAUGGUUAUAUAACCCAGUCCUUAGCAAUAGGGAUGAUGACGGGGCAUGAAAAUUAAAAAUCUUAAGUCGUCUUUUUUUUUAUUUUCUCGUAUAAAAAAACAAUACUUAGAUAAAACGAAUCAAAGUUUAGGAGUGGGAGCAAAUACGUCAUUUCUACGUAUAAAAUAUAACUAGAAAUGACAUCACGCGACAUUUCAAAUCAAUUUAUCUUCGAAAGUAUUUGCUUCCGUAAGACGUGUCUAAUAUUUUAAAAUAAUCUACAAAACGAAUAUUAUAUAGUUAGUCAUCAACCCUAUUGUUUUAGUGAUUGUAUAAAUGUCUCUGAGUGCGGCGGUUAGUCCUAUAAACCUAUUCUAGUUUCUCCUAUUUAAUAGAACCUAAAAUAUAAUUUAUGUAUUAAUUUUAAGUAUAAAAUUAAGAAAUGAACUAUAAUUAUUGUUAAGUAAUUUAAUCGAAUGAAAAUGACUGAAAUAUUUUUAUAAGUGUAUAUUUUUAAUACGAUUUGUACUUAUAUUUUUUAAGAUAAUGUUAAAUAAAGUAUGUUGUCUAUUUA